AUGUGGCGGCAACACGACACAGACAUGGAGUCGAGUGCGGACCGCGGACUCGAUGUGGAAUGUGUUGUUAAUCGGUGGAUAGUGGAUUAUUAUAUAUCUGUGGCGUUUGAGGCGUUCAGGAAUGAACAGGACAGUGAUUUCUGUGAGAUCAGAGACGUCCUUCAAUAUCAUCUGGUUCGGCCGUUGGAAGCCUACGACGCCACACCCAAGAAGAUUCGAGCUAUACAGUUCCUCACCAGGAUAUAUGACGGUGACAAACUCGACUUCUCGUUUGACCCUCAGGAGGACCUCACGCCACUGGAGUCGGCUCUGAGCGUAUUGGACAGCAUCCGCGACGAGUUGCCGGUUCCCCAGAAAGACUUGGAGAGAGUACAGAAGUCUGUCAGGGAGAUGGCUGCCAGACAGCUGGUGGUGAAGAGACGGGAGGCAGGACAGGAUGCAGAGGAAGGAGACUGUCCCUCAGACCCUCAGCCAGAGGACCAGCUUCUACCAGCAACAGAGGAGAAGACAUCCAGACACAAACCCAGUCCUCCCCCCGGUGGCGUCCUGCUGACCCGCAGCCAGCUGAUGGCCGUUUAUACAGCCCUGGCCGAGGAGCUGAGGGAGCCCAUGACCUUUGCCGAGCUGGAGGAGGAGGUCGAAAGGGAGGUGAUGGAGGAGAACGCAGGAAAAGGAGGUGCUGAGGAACCUCUCCUGCACCUCUCUGAAAGCCCCAGGCAGGGCUCAGACGCUGUGUUGGAGCAGGACGUCCCCAGGUCCCAGAGAGAGUCCGACAGUCCAAUGGAGGCUUCCCCUGCUGACCUGGCACCCCCUGCUGGCCUGGCACCCCUUGCUGGCCUGGCACCCCCUGCUGACCUGGCACCCCCUGCUGACCUGGCACCAGGCCCCCAGUGGAAGAGCCGAGGCUGGCCUCAUACCAUAGCCAGGCUGGUUAUGGAGCCAGACAGCCAGGAUUCUACGGCCUCUCGAGAAUCAGUAUCCAACGGGGAGGAGUCAGUCAGCCGGGCGGACCCACUAAGCCCCGCCUCCACCUACAGCCCACCAACACGGAAGUAUCGAAAACGACGAGCCGGCAAGACAACCGAAGGGACCUCGUCUGACCCUGAGGAGGAUGUGUGUAUUCUAGAUGACACCCCUGAGCAGAGAGGCUCCGCCCCCACCCCCAGAGAGGCUCCGCCCCCACCCCCAGAGAGGCUCCGCCCCCACCCCCCCCCAGAGAGGCUCCGCCCCCACCCCCAGACAAGCCCACCCACACCCCAGAGAAGCCCCACCCCUCAGACAAGCCACACCCACCAGAGAAGCCCCACCCCUCAGAAGGCCUCCACCAGUAAAAAGGGACCUGAUCUGAAGUGGAAGCAGCUAUACAGUGUUGCUAAGGAAUCCAAGGAUAGGUGGAGUGAUGAAGAGGAUUUAUUUGACUCCCCUCACAAAGAAAGUUCUGAGGACAACGCCAGUACUACCGGAGGAGGCAGGAAGAGGAUGUGGACAGCAGAGGAGACGGAGUGGGUGAAGGAGGGAGUGAGGCGCUACGGAGAGGGAACUGGUCCAGAGUAAAGUCCUCUUUCCCCUUCUUGGGCCGAACCUCCGUGAACAUCAAGGACCGGUGGAGAACCAUGAAGAAACUCAAGUUGGUCUGAGGGGACCAAAGCGUCUAACUUGUCCAAUAAGAAAUUAUAUUUUUAAGUUUACAUUUACUACGGGGUGCAGUAACCAAUUCGAACGCUGGAGGGCCUCGGAGCUACGCAAGACAAUGAUGACGUUCUCCAGAUGUGAGACGUUUCCUUUCCACGCUUGCCCGUCGCACAUCUGUCAACAGGAAGCUGAAGACUGUCGGAGGACCUUUGGACUAAGAUACAUGUUGAUUCUGCCAUUUUGUUUUAGACAUGUUUAUAGAAGUAUUUUAUCACUUGUCUUUCUUGGUAAAAUAAAGACUUCUCUUCUACUGA